AUGUCUGGCAAACAUAGCUUGGAGUCAACUCCAGCGCCACUCAGCAAACGGAAUCCUCACCAUCCCCCUUCAAAUUUCUCAACCAGAAAGCGCAGACGAACGGCCACCAUAUCGUUCGAUAUAUUCACCGAUGCCCAUACCUCCCAACCUAUUGCCAGCGGGAGCUCUUUCGAGGAAUCGAAUGCCGAUCGUUUCGUAUCAGCCCGCCGAGACUUCCUAGUUCCUCUCAACAUCACACCUCGUACCAACAGAAUAGCCAAAGACUUCGGAUUGCUCGAGGACCGCCUCCUCGCCCACUCCGAAACACCAAAACGCCGGGAACACUCUGGGAUAUCGUUGCUUCCCCUAUUUCGCCAAAGUGCCACGAAACUCUACGAAAUCCGCCGCGAAGUCUCAUCCAUUUCUGCCGCAAGUAACCUUGCGAAGAACCGCCAUUUUCUCGUCGCUCUCAGCGGUCCAGGAAUGUCACGACACCCAUUUUCAUCACCCAUUGCCUGGUCGCACUCAAACCUAAUUGCGGUAGCUUUCAAACGAGCAGUGUAUUACCAGAAUUUGGAGACCAAAGACGUGAUUCAUAUCUGCUCCGCCGAUGAUGCUGAUGGUCAUAUGUACAGCAUUGACUGGGGCGGCAGGCGCAUGCCAAACACCAUUGCCGCUGGAACGGAACACGGCACUGUGCAGCUUUGGGAUGUUCAGCAGUUGACUAAGGGCGCGGCGUGGGCACACGAUAACGAGGGCAUGGGAGGGAUGCAUUGGAGCGAUGACGUCCUUGCGGUAGGCCGCCGGAAUGGGGGAGUGUGCAUGCUGGAUCCUCGCACGCGGACGAUGGUUGCGGAGUUGUCGGGCCACAAACACCAUGUACAUGGGGUACGGUGGUCUAUUGACUCUCGGCAACUUGCCACUUCAGACGAUGUUGGACUUGUGAACGUGUGGGAUAGGCGGAUGAAUGACGUGGUUUGUCGCAUCAACUCCAAUCCCCGGAUGAGACACCCAGGGCCGGUCAAGGCAUUGGCUUGGUCUGAGUGGCAAAGCGACCUUCUCGCCACCGGCGGCGCUCUCCCAGAUGGUACGAUACGGAUAUGGAAUACCAAACAUCUUGAUACCUCGGAUCCCGUCCUCAAGAUACCCCUCAAGACUUCCGUCACAUCAUUACACUGGUCACCCCACUGCAAAGAGCUUCUGAGCACGCACGGAGGCUCCUGGACACAAUACCGUUCCCCUGCCUCUCGGUUUUCUCAAUACAAAACAGUCCCAUCUCCACUAUCCAACUCCAUCACGGUUCACGCAUAUCCUUCCGGAGACCGUAUAGUCAGCGUGGAGGCUCACCAAGGCGCUGUCGGACACUCUUGUAUGAGCCCUGAUGGGUGUAGUGUGUUCACCAUGAGCGCGACCGAGCACAAUAUAAAAAUGUUCAAGGUCUGGUCUGCACCAGCAGGCUCAGGGAAGGGUGCAUCGAGUUUUUCUUUCAAGGGCAUACGAUAGAUCCAUAUCUAGGCAUCUUCAAUGGACGUGCUUUUGUAGCUAAUAUUGUAUCCCUGUCUUGUUUGUAUCUCAUAUAGUAUUCGCCUUUAGGGCGGAUUAAUCACUUUGAA